CUCUGCUCCCACCCUCAUCCUCACCUUUCCCCACUCCUCCACACUCACACCAUGGUGCUUGACCAGGAGAAGCUCGCCAAGCUGCAGGCUGCCAGCCGCAUCGGCGGCAAGGGCACGCCGCGGCGCAAGGUCGUCAAGCGGGCCAAGGGCCCCGGCGGCGUCGACGGCGACAAGAAGCUCAGCGCCGCGCUCAAGAAGCUCGACGUGCAGCCGCUGAGCGGCAUCGAGGAGGUCAACAUGUUCAAGGAGGACGGCAACGUGCUGCACUUCCAGGCGCCCAAGGUCCACUCGGCCGGCCCGGCAAACACGUACAGCAUCAUGGGCGCAGGGCAGGACAAGGAGCUGACGGACCUCGUGCCCGGCAUUCUCAACCAGCUCGGCCCCGACUCGCUCAACAGCCUGCGCAAGCUCGCCGAGAGCUACCAGGCCAUGAACGCGGCGCAGCAGCAGAACGCCCUCGCCGGCGCCGGCGGUGCGGCGCAGGGUGCGGAGGACGACGAGGUGCCGGACGUGGUCGAGAACUUCGACGACGUCGUGGAGAAGAAGGACGAGCCGGAGGUCGAGAAGCUCGACUAAAGUGCUGCUGCCGCCGGGGCGUGCGGGGUGGAGGAGGCGGAGUGUGCGAGGCGUGCGGGGGUCGGCAUGCCUGCCCUGGCCCGCCGAAGGGCGGGCAACGUGCACGAAAGGGCAGGAGCAGAGCUGCGCAGCCGCAUCUCUGCUUCGCCUCCUGGUCUCGUGGACUGCGCACGGACGGGAAUUGCGGUGCCGUUCGUUCGCAACUGCACCCUUUCCCGCCCAUCUCGCCCACCUCGUCUCUCCUCUCUCCCACGCCGUUCGACAUUGCCUCAUCCCUGCAUGCGUGACCCCACCCCCUCGCUCCAUCAUUCAUCACACCCACACCACCCAAAAUCUGAUCCAGAUGUGGCCACUGCGCAAGCUGCACUGCUCGCUGAGGGCCGCCCGGCUGCCCGAGUUGCAGCAGCUCGCUUCCGGGCGCGUUUCUAGCGUGAGCCAUGGCCGCCCGCACCCUGCCACUACGCGCUCUUCUGGCGAAGAUGCACACUGCUACAAC